GCGCGCGCGCGGUGGGGGGCAGGGGGCGGAGGGGGGCGAGGAGGACGGGCAGGCGGACGGACGGACGGACGGGGGGAGAGGAUGUGAAGAUGGCGGAGCUGCAGAUGCUGCUGGAGGAGGAGAUCCCGGGGGGGCGCCGGGCCCUGUUCGACAGCUACACGAACCUGGAGCGGGUGGCCGAGUACUGCGAGACCAACUACAUCCAGUCAGCAGAUAAGCAGCGAGCCCUGGAAGAAACCAAAGCCUACACAACUCAGUCAUUAGCAAGCGUAGCCUAUCUGAUCAACACUUUGGCCAACAAUGUUCUCCAAAUGCUGGAUAUCCAGGCAUCCCAACUUCGACGCAUGGAGUCUUCAAUCAACCAUAUUUCACAAACGGUGGACAUUCACAAAGAGAAAGUUGCUAGAAGAGAAAUUGGUAUCUUGACUACAAACAAAAACACCUCAAGAACUCACAAAAUCAUUGCACCAGCUAACUUGGAGCGACCAGUUCGCUACAUCAGGAAACCUAUUGAUUAUACAAUACUAGAUGAUAUUGGACAUGGAGUGAAGUGGUUGCUUAGAUUUAAGGUCAGCACACAGAAUAUGAAGAUGGGUGGGCUGCCUCGUACAACACCACCCACCCAGAAGCCACCAAGUCCACCGAUGUCAGGAAAAGGAACUAUCGGGCGUCACUCUCCCUAUCGUACGUUGGAGCCAGUGCGUCCUCCGGUUGUACCAAAUGACUACGUGCCUAGCCCAACACGCAAUAUGGCUCCCUCACAACAGAGCCCUGUUAGAACAGCUUCUGUGAAUCAGAGGAAUCGCACAUACAGCAGCAGUGGGAGUAGUGGAGGAAGCCACCCAAGUAGUCGGAGCAGCAGUCGAGAGAACAGUGGAAGUGGAAGUGUGGGUGUUCCUAUUGCUGUUCCCACACCAUCUCCUCCCAGUGUCUAUCCAGCCCCUGCUGGCUCAGCUGGCACUUCUCCCCUUCCUGCUACCUCUGCUCCUGCCCCCACUCCUGCUCCUGCCCCUUCCUCCGCUGCCCCAGAUGCUGCUGCUGCUGCUGCAGGAGCUCAGCCCCUUGCUGAUGGCUUCACCUCUCCAACUCCCCCUGCUGUUUCUUCCACACCCUCUACAGGUCACCCAGUUCAGUUCUACAGCAUGAACAGGCCUGCAUCUCGACACACCCCCCCAACAAUAGGGGGAUCUUUGCCAUAUCGGCGUCCUCCUUCGAUCACAUCACAGACAAGCCUUCAGAACCAGAUGAAUGGAGGACCAUUUUAUAACCAGAACCCAGCAUCCCUUGCUCCUCCUCCCCCCUCCAUCCUACAGGUAACUCCCCAGUUACCGCUAAUGGGAUUUGUGGCCAGAGUUCAAGAAAACAUUUCAGACACUCCUCCCCCGCCACCACCUGUGGACGAGCCAGUGUUUGAUGAAUCUCCACCUCCACCACCACCUCCAGAAGAUUAUGAGGAGGAGGAAGCAGCUGUGGUGGAGUACAGUGAUCCAUAUGCUGAGGAGGACCCUCCUUGGGCACCAAGGACCUACUUAGAAAAGGUGGUGGCAAUCUAUGACUACACGAAGGACAAAGAAGAUGAGCUCUCCUUUCAGGAAGGUGCCAUCAUUUAUGUCAUCAAGAAAAAUGAUGAUGGCUGGUAUGAGGGGGUCAUGAAUGGAGUGACGGGGCUCUUCCCAGGGAACUAUGUGGAGUCAAUCAUGCAUUACUCGGAGUGAAGACUAGAGGACAGAACACUGCAUCUCCUGCUGCAGGAGCUGUCAGGGCUUCCCAGUUCUCCAACAGCCUCUGGGGCCCCAUCCAGUGUAACCGAAUGAAGGAUAAUUGUAACGACCACUCUUUUGGGUUUGGUUCCCCCCCCCUUUCCCCCCCCCAUUAUAAAACAAUAGUGAUUUGAGUUGUUUGAACAAAUGGCUCUUCCGGCUGCCAGCAGAGGCUAUCCUGAGCCAUCUGAAGUUGAAUUAAGCUGACCCAUUCAGAUGUAACAAACUCGAGUAGCUGAUACUUUACUCGAAUUCUGACUUCUUCUGACAGGCUUUGGGAUCUGUCUCAGGAAUCCUGUGUGCCCUUGUGGUACUACCCUUGGCAGCAGUGCCUGGCGCUUGGGAUGUCCUGGAUGCUUGCAGUGAAGGGUUACUGGCCAGCGGACACCCCUCCUGUUUCUACACUACACUCCUGUGCAGCUGGAAGAACAGAUGUGUGCUAGCUACACUGGGAUUUCUACACAGAGCUGUUCCUGUAACUGACUUCCAGAUAGUUGGAUACAUCUUUAGCAUAAACACUUCUGCAGCUGCUCUGCACAUGUAGGCUGACCACAGGGGCACACAGAGCUGGCUUUCAUUCACUCACCUUUCAGUUUAGACAAUUAAGAUGGCUGCAGCCCAGAGGACCCCCACUCCCGUUUCCUCAUCUUUUGAACACCACAAGAUUUGUUUUGUGUUCUGCACUGAUGUAAAUGUGCUCCUCUCCGCAGUGAGCUGGUUUAAACAGAACUCACAGGUGCCAUUGAUGGUGAAGGCAAAACAAAGUUUACAGGUCCUCCUGGGGUCUGAGGAUAAACUCUAGGGGCUGUGAUCUAAGGUUCAAAUCUACUCACGCCUGCUUGCACUAGAGAAACUUACCCCCAGCUUUAGUCUUAUGCACAAUAUAACCUUAAAAAUUCAAUCAGGUAUUGUAAAUUGGCUAUUUUGUACUGGAUGACUAGAUUUGCAUAUGUACUGUGAGAGCCCUGUGCAGAGGCAGGACAAACGGCAAUUGUCGUCUUCAUGUCUGUUGCCAAAAUCUCUUCAGUGGAAGUAAAAAGGGCUGUUGUGCGUACUGGUUUCCCAUGGAAAUCCAAGCAGUAACUAGUAGUAGUCCUAGCUCUUCCCCCAGCCCUCUCCAUUGUUUAUUAUAAAGAAAUAGAUAUUUUGAGCUGUACUGGUGGAUCUGGGGUGGAGUAAUACCAAGUGAAGGCUCUGUAGCCCCCUGUGUUGAUAGUUUGCUUUUUAAUCUAGUCUCAGUUAAAAAUGCUGCUCAGUGAUUCUGCCUCAGAUCAGUGUAAAGUGAUGGCUGUACUAGUCUGCCCUUAGGUAGGACUAAAUGUUAUCUUUGGGUAAAUGUCAUGCAUUAACAGAGUGAACUGAUUAAACCUCCUGUUGCAGUCCUGUUAGCCUGCAAAUUGAGCUGACCCCUGUAUUGUGAGAGCCUCCUGGGCCAGGGCAUCUUCCCAGACAACUUUUGUCUGUCACCUGGCCGGCUUCCAGCUGGUACCAACAGUAGCUUGCCAAAGGCAAGACAAUGCUGCAGCUGUCUUCUGAGGCCUGUGUGUAAAACAGAGCAGCGCGCAAGAGAGCACUACCGGGGCUGGGUUUGUGAUGGUAUUGGCAACAGUACAGGUAAUUGACCCAAUCCCCUUGCUUGGUAAUUGGUGCAAUAUCAGGAUGGAGAUGCGGGUUUGGUGCAAACCUGGGCAGGGAGGUGCCAUAGCUGCUCAAGGGGGAGGAAAGAGGAGACAAACAGGUGAGGUGGGUUUGUGGGAUAGGGAUGAAUGUGAUCACCCACUGUGAGCUCGCGGAAGAGUGUGUUAACUCAUGUGACGGAGCAUAAGGAACUAGUUUGGUUGAAGCCUACAGGAGGUACAACUUUGAAGAAACUGGUGUGAAGAUAAGUUACUAAGUUACUUUCUCCCCUGCUCAAUCCACAGCUCUGUCACCAAGACACGGUUGUCUUCUUUCUGGAAGCUGACAGCAUUACUGUUUGGGAUGAGUGUUAACCAGAACAGAUACUCUUCUACCUUCCUCUGGGAAAAUGUUGGUCUCGCAGCAAGACUAACAGAAGCAGCUAUGUUUGGUUCCCUCAGCCCAUCAUUUCUCUGGGAGCAAGCCUAGAAAAAACACUGGUUGUGCAGUCACUGGCAUGACCAUUUCUAGUGUCAUAGGGCAGGUCUACACUUUUUUGCACAGGGAGGUGGUGCUUGCAGCCCAGCUAGUGGCCUGGGUGAUUGAACAGCAGUAUGCACAAGACUUUGGUGCGCACAGGGUGGCUUUGUUUUCUGGGACUAUCAGAGCUUUCCUGGGUUUUUCUUGCCCUGGCUAUGUUUGUGGUAAAGACUGAGCACAGGGUGCUCAAAUGCAUCAAGUUAUGGCAGCUUAGUGAGCUAGUAAAUGAGAGCCGAACCUCUCUCCCUGUGCACCCAUGCUCCAGCUGGGAGGUCAUGCAUUAGUGAAAGGUGUAAGAGCAUGCGCUUGAAUACUUCUGAUAGGCGGGUGGGGAUUGUGUGUGAUACACACCCAUGUCCUUAUUCUUCAUUCAGCUGGUUGUUCAUCUUGCAAGUUUUCUGUGUUGUGAGAGCAGAGCAGUGUGAACUCUGGGAAGUGCUGAAUGCUUGCCAGAGCUCAGUACAGAAGACGAGGCUGCAAAACCUUGGAAGUGGAAUGCGUGAAGCUCCUUUAAAGAACUGGCUCUGGUCUUAUGGGCCAGGGGUUAGUUUGGUCCCUGCUGAUAGCAUGUGGAAUUAUUUAUACUGCAAGAGCUGCUGUGGAUGGAAAUUUUGGGUCACCUCCUGCUGGUUUUUAUGCUUCAUUAUGCAGUACUGAUGUAAAGAAAUUUGUUGAGUUUUAUGCAUAUUUUUUAUUUUGUACAGAUUUUAAUUUUGUGGCUCAUUUGGGGAUGAUGUGAUGUAAUGGUCAUAGACGAGGCCAAGGUAAACAGUCUUUGUAUAUUAAUGUUACAUAGAUUGCAUGCUAGUGAAGUCAGUGAGGGUUGUGUUUCCAGUUUUGUCCCAUGUACUUCUCCUCCAAAACCUACUCCUCCCACCCCUUUUUAAUUUACAUGUUUACUUUAAAAGGGGUGGAGAAUGGGGCUGGGAAGAAACACCUCAGUAUUUCAAGUAGGUGCACAACAUCUCUUCACUGAGUUCUGCUGCCACAGCUGAACGUGUUCAGCAUCACAGGCUGUUGAAUCAGCAGUGUGUAUGCAUGAGAGAAAGGUGGGGAAAGGAGACACUCCAGAAUAGCCCAAAGAGUGCUGCUGUAUGGCCAGAAUGAGUACGUUUCUCCCUUUGUGAGAGCUGCCUUAGCCCAGCCAGCUGUUUUCACUGUGCACAGAAAUCAGUCAGCAUCCUCUAGUGGUGUAGUUUUGCCUUGGUUUGCUGUAUCAGAGAUUUCUUCCUGCUUUUGGCCCCAGGUACAAAGCUAUUAACUACAGCUGCCUCUCUGCCACAUGCCUGUGUGAGAAGAGGUCCAACCAAGUCUGUCCCCAUCUAGUGCUGAAGCAGGUUAUUUUGGUGCCUUCCAGCCUGAGAGAGAUGGCUGAGGUUGCAUGUCUCUCACCCAUCUCCCCCCCGCCUCUUUCUCCACCACCCCCCCCCCCCCCAUGAUAGAUUGAUGUUGUUUAUCUCGCUGGCUGUUGCAGCAGAGGGCUGGGAGGGGCCAGCAGCAAAUUUUGUGCUUGAGGAUCCUGAUGGUGUGCCUGAAGACUUGCUGCCUUGACUGGUGAGACACAGGCAGACACUGAUGCAUUCAAGAGCCAUUGGUCUCAUUGGAGGAUAAGAAAGAGGUGCAGCAUGACUCUGGGGUAGAUGGCAGAGCUUGGUGUGUGUUACCAGGAGGCUGACCACGUUCCUGGGACUUGGCUUGUCCUUGUGAUUAGUUGAGCUGGGUGUUCCUGAAAGUGGCUGGAGAUUGCUGCUGGUUUGAACCACAGCUCCCCAGUGGUCUGUGGCUGGGUGGCUUACCAGUGGGUGCCAGGAAGGCUUUAGACCCAGCUAGUUCUUGCUAGAGCAGUUUGUUCUCCUUUCACAGCUCCUGGGCCUUUUCCUUCUUUGCUGCCGAGGGUUCUUGGUGACAGCCAAAGAUGACACUGGUAGCAAUGCAGCUUCUAAAAAGUGGCACUUUUAUCCAAGGUGUUUCAGUUGAUCAUGAAAAGAAAGCGAGGCAGCAGGAGGACUGAUGUGUCUUUUCUAGCAGAGGGUUGGCUGCCUGCCUGGUGUGUGCAUGUUGUUGACUAGAGGCGCAGGAGGGUUGCGCACUGAUAUAAACUGUUGUGCUUCUGUGGCGUCUCCCACCUCUGCUUGAUGGUGACUUACUUACAUGCUGUGCUCUUCCCAGCAACUUCCACCACUUCCUAGCAAGCGCUGCGGAUGUGCCCCUCUGCUGGAAAUGAGCACUCUUUUUAUUACUUGUGUCUCUGGGCUCAGGCAUAAAGCAAAAGCAAAACUUUCCUGUUUUCCUGUCCAGAGAGGAUGGGAGUUUGUGCGGGUUAGUAAACUGGGAGCAUUUACAGGGCUUCUCCUCCCAGAGGUGGGACAGAACAUCUUGCAAAACAGUUAGCGUCUGUAUUCUCUGCAGGGCAACUUGUUGGAAGCUGCUAGAGGAUGCGCUUGGAAAGACCAUGGUGCUGUGGCUCCUACUGAGAGUGGUACUUGCAUUGGGAGUAUAGAGUCACUGAUUGAGCACAGCAGGAUUUUGGGAAGCAUUACAAACCCCAUGCAGAGACUUCAGUUCCUAUGUAUGUCGACAACAGUGUCAGUGAGAAACGCACAGCAGUGUUGCAUUCACUAAGGCAAGUAUUUACAACCCUAAUCUCUAGAGACGGUGGUGGUAUAAACUGAGCAGUAGCGGUAGAUGAUGGGCUAUAGCUUAUGGGGCACCACUUGCAAGAAUUCACUGUGCUUACAGGUAUAUUCACCUUCCCUACCUUUUGGCAUCUCUUAGUAUUAGGCACUGCCACAUUUUGUGGAUAAAAUGGUAUUUACACAAACGUCAGAAUAGUGCAAGAAGGGAACAGUUUGUGGUUUUUAUUUUGGGUUUUGGGGUUGUUUUUUUUCCCUCAGUAGCUGAAGUCAGUGUGUAGUAACAGUCCUAUUGAUCUACUUUUGAUUUUGAAACUGCAAGAAUAGUAGGACCCCCACGUCAUGUCCAUGGGAAGGUUGCUGAAAGCUUGAUGUGGCCAAGGUUUGCCAACUGCUGUUACAAAGAAUAAUUCACAGACCAUGCUGUUCUGCUGCUUUUGUUCAAAAAAAAACCAAACCAACCCACCCAUGUAUUUUGUGCAAUCUCCUGCCCAUGCAGGAAGUGUUUUUUCUUUGGUACUCUAGACAGAGUAGUUUUAUUAGCACCUUUGCUUAUUACAAAACAGUGAAGUCAGCAGCAGCCUGUUGUCCAGAGGUAAGCCUACACCCAGCAUCCUGCUGAACACCGACGUGGUGACUCUGCUGAAAUGCGUGCAGUACAUUUGUUCCUGUUUCUCUUAAAACAUCAGAAGAAUCCUACCACUAUUGACUAAUGAGGAAGAGCUGUGUACAAAUUCAUUUCCAUUACAGCGCCUUGGUAAAGUGCUGACAUGUCUGAGAUUUUUUUGUAAAGAACAAGUGCUUCUUUUCACAUUUGAAAAAGCGUCUUUUGCAACUUGCAUGGACAAGUAAUUUCUAUGAAUUCUCUGGAAAUGUCAGUGUCUAACAUGGAUUUUGUCCAUGCACUUUUUUCUGAAAGCAGAUACCCCCACCCACCCCCCACCUUUGGUUUGCAGUCAGAGGGGAAGCACACAGUGCUUUUGCUUUUGGCACUGCUGAAUGCAGUGGAUGAGUGCAGAGCCCACUGUAACUGACCCAGCCUGCAGGACUCUGGGGAGCUGUAUGCCGCCAGUAACAUUUUAUUGUGUGUGCCAUUUGAACCACCUUCCAGUGAGUGCAAAACCCAAUUUUUAAAUUUUUUUAAUUGUACUUGGAAUUAACUGUUGCUGUGUACUAAACCCUCUUGUUACAAGCCCUAAAUAAAAAGAACAAAGCACA